AUGCAGCAAUCUCGGAGAUCUCAGAGGUCUCGACGAGAACUUCGUAUUAAAAACGAAAAUAUACGCAAUGCAAUUCUGGAUGCUAUGGACCGAAACAACACCGAUUUCAUUCCUGGAACAGAUGUCAUAUUCGUGGAUCAAGGAGAUAGCCCGAACCCGGAUAGGAAUGAUGUCGUACUCAUCCCACAACCGAGCUCCAGCCCAGAUGAUCCACUAAACUGGAGUCGGAAAUGGAAGGCCACCAUCAUCCUGAACCAGCUCAUUUUCGUCUUUGUCAGUAUGAUGACGCCGUUGGCCAUCUCUCCCUUGACGCUUCUCUUCGAGACCGAGUUCAACAAGUCGUUGACCGAAGUCAACAUACUGUUCGGCGUGGUAGCCAUCACCCUAGGGUUCGCCAACAUCUUCAUCGUACCUGCAGCCAACUUGUUUGGGCGCCGCCCUGUCAUACUUGUCUGCGCCUUGAUUUGCGUUCUCGCCAAUAUAUGGCAGGGUCUUGUCACCAGCUACGCGAGUCUCGUCGGCGCCCGCGUCAUCGCAGGCAUAGGUGCCGCAGCCAACGAGAGUAUCAUGCCGAUGGUGAUAUCUGACUUGACCUUUUUUCACCAAAGGGGGAAGAGGUUGGGCUUGUAUUUCUGGGCAUACUUCCUAGGCCUAUUCAUCGGUCCCAUCAUCUCAGGGGCUAUUACCGCCCAUAUCUCAUGGAGGUGGUUCUUCUUGGACUGCACCAUUCUGCAAAUAGCAAGCUUCAUCUUCCUCCUAGUCGCCCAUCCAGAAACUAAGUUUGUCCGUCCGCCACAUAGGCCGUCGAUGUACGACGACCCAACGAGCAUCACCACCCCCUUACCCGCGUUCUCAAAAACUCCGGGUGAGCCUGGCAAGCGCGAACACAGCUCCGCCUACGACGAGAAUAAGACGCAUAUACCGUCGCGAGAGUCUGCCCUCUUGACCGCCUCGCAACACCAACCCACCAGCUGGCCCUCACGCGCACACUUCUCCCUCCUCCCCCAGCCCAGCAACCUGCGCUUCGGCCGCGCCCACGCCCACGCCCACGCCCACGCCCACGCCCCAGCCACCAGCUGCCGCCGCACCAUCCUCCGCGACGUCCUCGCGCCCCUCCGCAUCCUCCUCUGCUACCCCAUCGUCCAGCUCGCCUCCCUCGCCACCGCAUUCGCCGCCAACGCGCUGCUGGCGCUGAACCUCGCGCAGGCGCAGCUCUUCGGCGCGGGCGCGUACAGCCUCGGGUUCGACGACGACGACCUCGGGCUCGUGAACCUCGCGUUCGUGCUCGGCGCGGCGGCGGGGCUCGCGACGGCGGGCCCGCUGUCCGACUGGGCGGCCCUCCGCGGCGCGAGGCGGAACGGGGGCGUGGUCGAGGCGGAGAUGCGGCUGGCGGCGCUGUUUCCGUUUGCGGGCGCUAAUGUGGUCGGGCUGGUCGUCGCGGGGGUGGGGUACCAGCGCGGCUGGGAGUGGCCGGUCUUUGUGGGGGCUGGGUAUGCGCUGAUUGGGCUGCAGGUCGUGGGGGUGCCGACGGUUGCGGUCGCGUAUGCGGGGGAUUGUUACAAGACACUACCUGGCGAGAUCAUGGUAGCUGCUACGAUCGUGAAGAAUACCCUUGGUUUCGCCAUCGUCUUCUGCUUCAACAACUGGGUCGAGCGCGAAGGCUACGUCAAGCCCGUCGUCCUGAUGAUGGGGCUCACAUUCGCAUCCUGCAUCUGCGGCGCCUGUAUAUUCCUGGUCUGUGGGAAGUGCAUGCGGCGGCUGAGUGUGUUUUCUGGUUUGCAUUAUUUGUGAGGAAAGGGGGAUGUGUAGCUUGUGGAGAUUGGGGUGGUGGUGGUGAGGUGCUUUAAACGUAGGUAGUUGGCUUUGUUCUCGUUCUCUGUGGGUAGAUGGAGAAGUUGUGAGGGUGUAGAUACUAGGGGCGUGGGUAGUUCU